AUGCCGAUGCUCAAGGAUCCCUCGAAAAAGUACAAGGCGUUCAAGCCUCUGAACCUGCCUAACCGUCAAUGGCCUAACAAGAUUAUUGAUAAGCCUCCCCGCUGGAUGGCCACCGAUCUGCGCGAUGGCAACCAGUCUCUGCCCGACCCAAUGGAUGUCGACGCAAAAUACCGUUUCUUUAAGAUGCUCGUAGAAAUCGGUUACAAGGAAAUCGAAGUGUCUUUCCCCUCCGCAUCCCAAAUCGAUUUCGACUUCACACGCCGUCUUGUUGAAGAGCCCGGUCUCACCCCCGAUGAUGUCUGCCUGCAGGUCCUGUCUCCCUGCCGUGAGGAUCUCAUCCGUCGCACAGUCGAUUCCCUGAAGGGUGCCAAGAAGGCCAUCCUGCACAUCUACCUCGCCACCAGCCCUUGUUUCCGUCGCAUUGUUUUCAACAUGGAUCGCCAAAAGAGUUUGGAAAUGGCUGUCCGCUGCACCAAGUACGCCCGCUCUAUCACCAAGGAUGACCCCUCCCAGGCUGGUACCGAGUGGCAAUUCGAGUUCUCCCCCGAGACCUUCUCCGAUACCGAGCCCGAAUUCGCUGUUGAGGUUUGUCAGGCUGUCAAGGAAGCCUGGGAGCCCACUGCCGAGAAGCCUAUUAUCUUUAACCUUCCCGCUACCGUCGAGAUGGCUACCCCCAACGUCUUUGCCGAUCAGGUCGAGUACUUCUGCACAAACAUGACUGAACGUGAGAAGUUUGUCGUUUCAGUUCACCCCCACAACGACCGUGGCUGCGCUGUUGCCGCCGCUGAACUGGCACAGAUGGCUGGUGCUGAUCGUGUCGAGGGUACUCUGUUCGGUAACGGUGAGCGUACCGGCAACGUCGACCUGGUCACUCUGGCCCUGAACCUGUACACACAAGGUGUCUCACCCAAAGUCGACUUCUCAGAUAUUAACUCAAUCAUCAAGGUGGUAGAGGAGAGCAACAAGAUUCCCGUGAACGAGCGUUGGCCUUAUGGUGGUAUCUUGACUCCUGUAGCCUUCUCCGGAAGUCACCAAGACGCUAUCAAGAAGGGCUUCAAGCUCCGCGAAGAGGGCCAAGGCAAGGACGAGGAAACCGAAUGGGUCAUCCCAUACCUGCCCCUGGACCCGCAAGAUAUCGGCCGCACCUACGAGGCCGUCAUUCGCGUCAACUCCCAGAGCGGCAAGGGUGGCGCCGCCUGGAUCAUUCUGCGCAGUCUGGAGCUGGAUCUCCCCCGCGCACUCCAGGUCGAGUUCAGCAAGAUCGUGCAGGAAAAGACCGAGGCUGUCAACCGGGAACUGAAGCCCAGCGAGAUCGUCAACCUGUUCGAGGAGGCUUACCACCUCAAGUCCAACCCUCGCUUCAACUUGGUCGACUACAGCAUUACCACCGACCGCUCGCAGUCCCCUGCUCCUCCUGAGCCUGGCAAGGCCCUCAACACUAAGAACCUCAAGCGUCGCUUCACUGGUGUUAUUGAGAUCGAUAACGUCCAGCAUGCCAUCACCGGUGUCGGCGCUGGUGCUAUCUCCUCCCUGGCUACCGCUCUGUCUUCUCUGGGCAUCGACCUGGACGUCCGCGACUAUAAGGAGCACUCCAUCGGUCUUGGCCGUGAUGUCAAGGCUGUUACAUACAUCCACUGCACAGCAGCCGGUAGCAACGAGCAAGUAUGGGGUGUUGGUAUCCACCAGGAUGUGGUCCAAGCCUCUCUGAUUGCGCUCCUCAGCGCCGCCAGCUCGUUCCUUGCUUCCCAAGCUGGCUCUCCUGCUCCUUUCCGUCCCAUCCGCUCCAACACCCUUACCAAUGAAGACCUGCAGGCUCUUGAGCAGCUGACUGGUACCCCUGACGCAGCUGGUACCAACGGCGGUCUCGGUGCCAAGGUUGACAUUGAGCAGCUGACGAGAAAGGCUGAAAGCCAGUAA